AUGGUCAGUGUAUCCCAAGCCCAAAGAACUUUCUGUAAGAAGUGCGGCAAGCAUCAACCUCACAAAGUGACCCAAUAUAAAAAGGUCAAGGAUUCCGUGUACACACAAGGAAAGAGGCGCUGCGAUGGGAAGCAGAGUGGCUAUGGGCAGACAAAGCCAAUGUUCCGGAAGAAGGCUAAAACCACAAAGAAGGUCCUGCUGAGGCUUGAAUGUGUUGAGCCUAACUGUAGGUCCAAGAGGAUGCUGGCCAUUAAAAGAUGCAAACAUUCUGCACUGGGAGGUGAUAAGAAGAGAAAAAGGACUAAGUGA